AACUGAAAGCUUCUAUCAGAGUUAGACAAGAACUCAAGGAAGCCAGAGCUCAACUAAGGCAAACGACCACCCAAAAACUAUUUUCCACAGAUCUAAAAAUUAGUGAAAACAACCCUUACACUAGGUCAGGUAUCAAGGAGAUGAAAAUAGAAACAAACUCAAUUUCUAGCAGAAGUUCUACUCCAGUAUCAGAAAUUCCUAAUAAAACUAGUAAUGAUACAGAAACUCUAGUAGAUAAAAUAAUUAUUGACAUGACAGAAUCAGAGGAACAAGACCCUAACGACCCUCUAUUUACUAUGGUAGUCUCAAAAAAACAAAAACUCAAAAAUAAGAAAAAAGGUCUUGGUGAUAGCUAUCACCCCUAUAGAGGAUUAGAAG